AUCAGCUUAUUCCGUCGUUACGUCUUCCCGGGGUAACACGUGUGUGUCCGUCCCGCAAGAUCCGAUUCGUGGCCAAAGAGGGUGAAAUCCGCAGCAUCCCCGCGCAGACCCCCUCUCUCUCGCUCUCUCUCGUGGCCUCCCCGUCGCCGAAUGGGGGAAAGUUGUUUCAACCUGGUAGGCCUAUAAACGGUUAGUUCGUGGUGCGGUCGUUUUUUUGGUGCAAGGUUUUUUUUUGUACAUUUCUCGGAGUGUUUGAGGCGACAAGUUCAAGUUCAAGUGCUGCGCGACAGUUAUACCUUUUUGGCGAGUGAGUUUCGUUUUUCGCUGUGAAAUUAGUUCAUUUUCGUCACUAAAACAAAUAAAAAUUGUAAAAAAAGUGUCAAUAAAAAGAAGAAACCAAUAAAAAAAACGUAAAUUUGAUACACUCAAAGAAAAAAAAAGGAAUAAAAACGCAAGAACCAGAGCCCGAACAAAAUAAAGGAUAAUUGGAUUCAAUAAAUCAUCGUUCAGAGAACAAGUUGGGAGCAAUUCGAGGUUGAAGUUUUUUUGGUCGGAUGCCGUCCUGAAAAAAAAAGCGAGAAGAGUGGUUUCAUUUUCACCCGAGGGAAAGGUUUUUGAAGGGGAAGAACGUACGGAUUUGGAGGAGGAAAAAAACAACUCACAUUCGAAGCAGGUGACGCGAGCCCUUUGCCCGAAGCCGACCCCGGCGAAAGGAGAGGAAUUUUUUCGAGGAGUGCGGAUAUUGCAUCGGAGCUACCUUUUUUUUUCUUCGGUUCGUGGUCGUUGGUGACAACGAGGACCGGCUCCCGCGAUGAGGAGCUUACGGUGGGCUCCCGGUGAGCGGUGGAACCUCCUUCGGAUAUACCUGGUGCUGGCAGUUUCUCUGAUCAAUGUCGCCUCCCCCGCGAACGAAAUCUGGCCGGUGGAGCGCCCGGACGGUAUGCCCCAGAUCACGGCCCUCGAGGUGAUGUGCGGCAAGGACCACAUGGACGUGCACCUGUCGUUCUCGGCACCGUUCGAGGGAAUCGUCAGCUCCAAGGGUCAACACAGCGACCCGCGCUGCAUCUACGUGCCGCCCUCGACGGGCAAGACGUUCUUCACGUUCCGCAUCUCGUACUCCCGGUGCGGCACCAAGCCGGACCUGAACGGGCAGUUCUACGAGAACACCGUCGUGGUGCAGUACGACAAGGACCUGCUCGAGGUGUGGGACGAGGCGAAGCGGCUGCGCUGCGAGUGGUUCAACGACUACGAGAAGACGGCCUCGAAGCCGCCGAUGGUGAUCGCCGACCUGGACGUGAUCCAGCUCGACUUUAGAGGUGACAACGUCGACUGCUGGAUGGAGAUUCAACAGGGCAAGGGACCGUGGGCACCGGCCGUCAGCGGAAUCGUCCCGCUCGGCUCCACGAUGACGCUGGUCGUGGCGAUCAACGACUUCCGCGGCGAGUUCGACAUGCGCGUCAAGUCCUGCGUGGCGUCGGACGGCGCUGGCCACGUGAUCAAGCUGUCGGACGAGUACGGGUGCGUGCUGCGACCGAAGAUGAUCUCACGCUUCCUGAAGGCGCGUGCUCCCGACGAUAAGGCCUCGGUCAUUACGUAUGCGUUCUUCCACGCGUUCAAGUUCCCGGAUGCGCUGAGCGUGCACAUCAAGUGUAAGGUUGAGAUCUGCAGACAUGGAUGUCUGGACCAUUGUCAGCACAGCGGUGCUGGACCUGGACUGCAUGGAGGAAAGCACCACGACUUGCUGGAGCGCAAGGACACGCUGGAGAACCAGCAAAGCAACGACAUUCUGCAGGAGUCCGGAGAAGACGAUGUGGGAGCGAACAACCAGGACGUGUUCUACGACGACAUCAUCCACACGGACAAGAACUUUAACCAGCACCAGCAGCAGGCUCCUCCACCACCACCUCCGCCAUCUCCGAAGAAGAUGCCGAUCCCGGCGAUCCAGAAGAAGAAGGACAGCGGCUACCUGCAGUACCACCACCACAACCGGGAUCCGAUCGACGAGCUGGAGUCGCUCUUCCUGAACGAUCACUCCAUGAUGCCCGCAGAGAUGCUGAAGAAGCACCAACCUCCGCCGCCACAACCCUUGCCUCAGAAGCAGCAGCCCGGUCCCGGUCACAAAUCCGUCGCCCCUCCGGACGAUGAAAAGUUCCCGCACGGACCGCGCCAAAUGGACGCCGAGAAGCGCAUGGGACUCCCGGCCGUCGCCGGACCACGUGCCCUCAACCUGGACGCCGACGACGUCCGGAAUCCGGUCUACGUGAACCAAGUCCAGACGAACCGACGCGUCCGGCGCUCGAUCAAGAUCACCGACCGGAAGGCGCGCUCCACGGACGUCGGCGUCAGCGGCAUCUACGAGGUCAUCUCCGAGGCGGACCUCGCCUUCAACCCGGACACCAAGCAGGAAGCCGUCACCGUCUUCCAGGGCAAGAUCACCGAGGAGGUUGUGUACGGCAUCUGCAUGCCCGUGCCCGGCUUCAGCAUCCUCUUCAUCCUGGUCAUCUCGGCGACCAUCAUCUCGGCCCUGAUCGCCGGCUCCCUGCUCUACCGGUACCAGCUCCAGAAGGAGAUGCUCGCCCAGCAGCAGAGCGGUGUCCCGCCCGUGCACCUCCCCCCCAACAACUUCGCCUCCUGGAUGACGCUCAGACUGUUCCGGUCGAGGCAACAGCAGGCUGCGGCAGCGGCGGCCGCCGCAGCCACCCUCGCAGCGCAUCGGGACAUCACCACGACGGCCCAGUAGGCGGCGCUGACGACGAUCAUGACGCGAUGACGUUUCUUUCCGACUUCCUAUCCUUCCUCUUUUUUGACAGCUAGUAGAAUUGUUCGCGAAUAAUGACAGCACUUACACACACUCACAAACACUUAUUUUGUUUCGGGUUUAUUGCAAUAUUUAUUUAAAACACUCACACACACAAACACACUCUCACGAAAGUGUCAACACGAACAAUGCGGAUGAAAAAUUGAGAAAAGGAAAAACAAUCGAAACAAACAGCGGUAGAAUUUAGGUAGAAGAAUGCAGAAUUCUUAAAGGAGAGUAGUUCAAUAGUUAAAUUUGAACCGUUAGCAUGUUUUUGUUUUUAUUGUAGUUCAGUUUGCUCAAAAAACAGCGCGAGCGACAAUCACUGGAAAACAAUAUGUAAGCGUCUAACGAAGAAGAAAAAAGAGUAAACAGAAGUGAAAACAAAGAUUAUUCUAUACAUUGGUAGAGUUAAUGUUAAUAAAUUGUUAAGUUAAAUAUGUUUAAAGAAACAAGCGCGCACUCAACGUAUGCAUUGAAACAUUAAACUAAAAUUGAACGCCGAGUGGCAAUUUGUAACUGCCCUCGAGCGUGUAAACAAUGAGAGUGAAGUGAAAAAUCAUCGAAAUGCUCAAUCAGUAGUUUUAAAAAAAUGGCGGUUAGUUUAAAAAGCGAAAAAACAAAAUUAAGUUAUUUAAUUUAUUUAUCCGUUUGUUCCACUAGUUGAGGCAUCUUGUGCGGUGAAACGCAGAAAAGAGAAAAAAAUCUAAAGAUUAAUCAACUACUGGAACAAUCGAUCCCAACACCCCCUCAUCCCCCUUUCCCCAAACACGAUUCCUUCCCCUUUUUCAGAAAGAAUGUAAGCAGCAAAAGUGUAAUUUUUGUGCGGUUGGAGAAGAAGAGAAAGUAUUGAAUCCCUGUUAUCGGUUAGUUGAACAAAUUACAGUAUUGUAUAAAAAUA